ACACACGUAAUACAUAUACAUUAAAACAAAGCCAAGAAAGUGCAGUGCGCAGUGCGUCUAUAGCUGCAGUAUCUAACGAAUGUCGCCGCGAACAACAACGACAGCAAUAUUCCUGAAAUAAACUGUUCCAACAUGUCUACGGCUAUAUCUGAACACGAGCGACUAUACACUCCGAGCCAAUGGAGCAACAGAUAUGGGCAUGAAGAACUGCUAACUUAUUUCUUUAAAUUCUGCGGUGAAGUUACGGCAAAGGCUCGAAAGACUAUAAAAUGCGAGCUUAAUGUACGAUACGGGCCUACGGAACGGACAAAGUACGACAUAUACGGUACUGACUUACCUAAAGACGCGCCAAUAUUUGUAUUCAUUCAUGGCGGAUACUGGCAAGAAUUCAGUAAGGAUCUCACUGGAUUUUCAGUACCCUUGUUUAUUGAAAACAAGAUCAAAGUAAUAACCGUUGGAUAUGAUUUAUGUCCAAGUGUUAAGCUUGGAGAUAUAGUAGCACAGAUAAAGUCAGCUAUUGGGCAAAUAUUAAAAUAUGCAUCUGAUUCAGGUUCUAAGUAAGUUUGAUAUAGUUUAAAUUUAUAUAUACAGGGUGUCCCAGAAUUGGUGUAACAUCUCUCGUAGACAGGUAGAAGAAAUAAAACUGA